AUGCCGGUUCCCCAAGCACCACCGGCGGAUCAUGUCGGAGGCGGAGUAAACUGCCUGGACGACACCUUUUCCCUGGUGAGGGCCGAGUUGCUUGCGCAAGAGCGAGAGAUCCAGGAACUGCAGGCCGAAAUUUCAGAGCUAAAGGCGAAUGGGCCAAUUGUGCCAAGAGUUGUGCAGGACGUGGCUGACACUUACAAAGUGGCCGUGGCGCCGGAGGAGGAAGACGUAGUCCUGAAGCCGAAACGCGCCUCCAUCGUCGAUGCCGGCGACGACCAUAAGAUCCACGUCGCCUUCUACGAGUUUGACCAGUCCAUGUGGGACGCGGGCCUCCUGCUUUGCUUUCAUCACACGGGUGCCCUGGACAAGUUCUUGCUGUUCAUUGGCGUGAUCUUGAACCUGGCGCUGCAGAUGGCAAUGCUCUUGGUGGUGGAGUUUGCCAUGCUGGAUAACCCCUGGACCUCCGAGCAGGUCGGUGAAAUGUUGAAGUGGCGUGUCAACUCGGGCCACAAGCAGUUCUUCCCAGAUUCGGGCGAGACGCUGUCGCAACGCCUCUGCAGCCGGAAGCUGUGGAACUUCCAGCAAGAGGUUUACAACGAAGUCUACGAUUACCUGAGCAAGCCGGUCCCCGGCGUGGUGCUCAGCUUCUUGGCAGUGGCCUUGUGGAUGCUGACGAUCAUGAUGGAGUACCGUUCUUGCGUCGAGCAAGCACUUGGCGUCUGGCACCUGCCAUCUCUGAAAACGGAAGACGAGUUCGAAGAGGUCACCGAAGACGGAGAGAUCGUGGUCAGAGGAAUCUCGCCUUGCUUGCGAUUCGUCGCCUUUGUGACCUUGAUCGUUCCUCGCCUCUUUAUCAUGACUUCGUUGGCCGUGGUCGGGUCCAUCUAUGUCGCUCAGACCGCCUCCCUGGCAGACAUCGUGCUGAACUGUCUGGCACUCGCUUUUGUCUUGGACGUGGACGAGUUGGUGGCACAAGUGCUCCUCACAGAAAAGCUCCGCGGGCUCCUCACCAAGAUUCAGCCUAUCGAUUGUGGAAAGACCAAGUCGGUGCGCGCUCCCUUCCAAGACGUCUUCCGACUUGGCCUCACCUUCGCGGGCGUGGGCUUCUGUGUCGUCAUGAUCCUCUUCCCCUUCAAAGAAAACGUCGAGUCGGCAGCAGCGGUUCUCUGUGGAGGCAACCUCGAGUUCAGCUACACCGGUGGGCUGGAGAUAGACCCACACAUUGUGCUGAGGCCGGUGAACUUCGGUACGGACCAAUGGACGCCGGCGACAACAGACUGCCCCGCCACGGAUGAGCUCUUCUACUUGAAGAAGUACUACCUCCCCGAUCUGAACUCCACGGCGAACCGCAGCAACACCAACAGCACAACGAUCGUACGCAGCGCCUCCGAGUGGGACGCACUGAAGUUGAAGCAUGUUUGGAACUUUCUCCUGCAUCCGGAGACUGCGAAGUGUCCGGAGGGUCAGAUCUUGGCCCCCCAAGUCGACGGCGAGGACGAGGAAGGCCCUCCCGCGCGCAUCUGCCAGGAGUUUCCUCCGGCUCUGCGUUUUGCAUUGGACGAGGAGAAGAUUGAGAAUGCGGGGCUUGGCCCCAUUGUCGCGACCUGUCCGCGCUUCAACCCGUUUGCUGGCUGUGCGGCGAGCGGAACGCUGCCUGAGGCGUGCCACUGGUCCUGGCUCUCCCAGAGAUGCGACCAGGAAGCUCCCGGGCUAAUGCACGGGCAGGGCUGCCAGGCGGAGUGGUUCGUCCAGUGCGAGACAUGGGAAUGGUUCAACGCGACGCACCCUACGAUCAACUGCGGUAUCUAUGACAUCUGCGGCGCCGAUGAGACUUGCGGAGUCAUGACGGGAGACGUGACCCUCGUCUUCCCGAACAUCGAUGCGGCCCGGAACAACAUCUCUGCGAUCAUCACGAGCACGCAGCGCGCCCUGGCGAAUUUGACUUCGACCACCACGGAUCAAGUCACGGUGACGGAAGCCACCAGCCGGAGGUUACAAAACAGCACGAACAGCUCCAACUCCAGCUCCAUCAAGUUGAACUACGAGAUCACUGAGCUCCCCGUCACGGUGUUUCCAGAGCGUGUGGUGCAGCAGUCGACUGUCCUGAUCUCCAGAAUCAACAUUGGCCUGAGAGCUGCCAACCUCACUGUGCAGUCAGCAGCGUUCCAAGCACCACAGACCAUCACCAGAGAUCGAUUGCAAGAGAUCAAGUGUCCAAACGGCGGCUGUUACGGCGACGAUGGCGGGUAUGGUGGCUUCGAUGGUGACGACGGUGGCUUCGGUGGUGACGACGGAGACCAAGGUGGUGACGACGGAGACCAAGACGGUGGUGACGGCAACGGAGAUCAAGACGGUGGUGACGGCAAUGGUGACGACGCUGGUGACCAGGACGGCGGUGGCGACAGUGGCCAUGACAGCGGCAACCAGGACGGUGGUGACGACAACGGUGACGAUGGUGGAAACCAGGACGGUGGUGACGACAGCGGUAACCAGGACGGAGGUGACAACACCGGUGACGACAGCGGCGACCAGGACGGAGGUGACAACAGCACUGACGACAGUGAAGACAGCGGCGGUGACAACACUGGUGACAACAACGGUGACGACGGCGGCAACCAGGACGGAGGUGAUAACUCUGGUGGCAACAACGGUGAUGACGGCGGCAACCAGGAUGGAGGUGACAACACUGGUGACAGCAACGGUGACGACGGCGGCAACCAGAACGGAGGUGACAACACUGGUGACAGCAACGGUGACGACGGCGGCAACCAGGACGGAGGUGAUAACUCUGGUGGCAACAACGGUGAUGACGGCGGCAACCAAGACGGAGGUGACAACACUGGUGGCAACAACGGUGAUGAAGGCGGCAACCAGGAUGGAGGUGACAACACUGGUGACAGCAACGGUGACGACGGCGGCAACCAGAACGGAGGUGACAACACUGGUGACAGCAACGGUGACGACGGCGGCAACCAGGACGGAGGUGACAACACUGGUGGCAACAACGGUGACGACGGCGGCAACCAGAACGGAGGUGACAACACUGGUGACAACGGCGGCGACAGCGGUGGCGACAACAAUAGUGAUAGCGGCGGGGGCAGCACUGGUGUCAACGGCGGUGACAGUGCGGGCGACAACGGCGGUGACAACAGCACUGGUGACAGCGGGGGCGAUGACACUGAAAACAGCACUGAUAACAGCACCGGCGACAACAGUGAUAAUACCACUACCACUACCUCUACCACUACCACUACCGCCGACAACAAUGAUGAUGAUGGCGGCGACAGCGCCGGGGACGACGCUGAUGACGAUGCUGAUGAUGGUGCGGAGUAA